CAAAAAUUCAAAAAUAGUAUUAUAAAAAUUGAAAGCUUUAUCUAAAUUGACGUGUCUGAGAAAUUCUAAGCUGAAUAUUCGAAUAAAAAUUUUAAAUAUUUCCAGAAUAAUCCUUUUAAAAGAGUAAAUCAAAAUUUUCGUGUUGUAGUUAAAUCGAAUGUAAUUUUUGUAAUUGAAAAAAGGAGUGAAAUCACAUGUAGAGAAUGACACAGAAAAAAGAGUGUAAAGAGGAAGAACCCCAACAUAAAUGCAACCAGCCCUCUAGGACUCUUUAUGGGGACCUUUGUGGGAAAUUUCAAAAUUUAUAUUCAAAAUGGAAAGGUUUCCAACCAAAACGUGUGCGAAUUCAUGAAUUAGCCGUACCAAAAUAUCGUCGGAUGAAAUACCGGCCUUAUGUUUACGCUACUCAACCAGAUUGGCGAGAUAAGGUUGAAAUAAUUAGAGAUGAUCAAAAAUUGUCAACACGUGCUGAACAACUGGCAUUUAGCCCAGUGAGGAGACUAAUUGCAACUCGAGAUGGCCUAAAGCAUCGAAUAUCGCCUGUAAUUUAUGAACGCUUUAAUAAAUAUAUACAUCGGGGAAUGUAUUCAAUGUACGCUCGGCUAGGAAAUGUUAUGCCGCCUGUUAUAAUUAACCCAAUUAAGCCAUGGACAAAAGAGGACUGGGAGAAGCAUAGUGCGAGCCUACAAAAAUUGGCUACACCGAAAAAAGCUUUCGAGCCACCGCCAGUUGAGCGUAAGUCGAAACCUAUGUCUCAGCUUGAGGGACGGCUUGAUGCUCUAGCAACACCAAAGCGAAAAUUAGAUAAAUAUAAACCAAAACCAGAUGUUAAUCCUGCAGCCUUGAAGUAUGAAGCUACGGAGAGAAUUAUGGAAUUGAGUAAGCCUAAGCCUUCCAGGGAAAUACCUCCUAAAAGGCCAAGGACAUUCAGGGGGAAGAAAUAUGAGGCAUCUGAGCGUACCAAAGAACUCGCUAAACACCGCGAAAAGAAGACUGCGGUGAGUGACACUAGAGAGAAUCCCUUCCAAGUUUCCCCGAACGCCCUGAAGGCUAGAACAACGGAACGUGUGAAAACAUUAGCAACGCCUAAAGAAUAUGCCAAACUUGAAUUCAGGGAUCCUGGCAAAGUGUCACCAAAUGCAUUGAAGGCAAAAAUAUCGAAACGAGUCAUUGAGUUAGCACAGCCGAAACAGGUAGUAGGCGCGGUAGGGUGAAUUUGUGCCAGUCGUCGUUAAAUAAAGAAUUUAGAAAUGGAAGGAGUUAGAGCCAUGUUUAUUAAAUGGUGCUUGUUGUUACGAAUUGACAAGUGUUUAAAAAUAGAUAUUUUCCAAAAAAUAAAA